AUAACAGACAGAGGGUGGAGGGAGGUAGAGCAUUAUAGAAGCUCGCCCAUGUGGCUCCUAAGCCGCUCCCACACUCACACAAACACACACUAGCACACACGCACACACAAACGCACCCGCGCUCUGCGGGCCAGGAGGCGGAAGAGGUGGCGCUUCAUCCAGCCUGAGCUGCACAAGGUUCCCUGUGCGGAUGCAACAUGGCGUAGGAGAACCUCUGUGUGUACUGCGACUUUUAAAGAAAGUAGAAGAGUGAUCUGGGACGACCUGUGAGUCCAAAGAUGGGGAACAGCAACAGCGACCGCGGCAGUGGGGCGCAGGGUGAAAGGUCGGACCGAGAUGGACAGCCAGGUGGGAAGGAAGCACGCUCCAACAUCCUGAUGGACAGCACGGAUGAUGCAGAUGAUUCAAAGGCUCCACAGGAGAUACAAGAAUUUCUGGCCUGGCAGCGAGACCUGGAAAGUAACACCAAGAACCCAGCGCAGAGCAGACCCACUGUUUUCACAUGGAAAGGAGGCGCCAAAGAGGUCUUUGUUUCAGGCUCCUUCAACAACUGGGCAAACAAAAUCCCACUCAACAAAAGCCACAGCAACUUUGUGGCCAUCGUGGACUUGCCUGAGGGAGAGCACCAGUAUAAGUUUUGUGUGGAUGGAAACUGGACCCUCGAUCCAACUGGGGCGGUGACCACCACAAAGACCGGAACCAUCAACAACACCAUAGAGGUGAAGAGGACAGACUUUGAGGUGUUUGACGCCCUCCGCAUUGACUCAGAGGAAACAGCGGACAUCUCCGACCUGUCCAGCUCUCCGCCGGGGCCCUACCUGCAGGACGCCUACCUGUUCAAGCCAGAGGACAAGAUCAAACACCCCCCUAUCCUGCCCCCGCACCUGCUGCAGGUCCUGCUCAACAAGGACACCGGCAUCUCCUGUGACCCAACCCUGCUUCCAGAGCCGAAUCACGUCAUGCUCAACCAUCUAUACGCGCUCUCCAUCAAGGACGGAGUCAUGGUUCUCAGCGCCACUCACCGAUACAAGAAGAAGUAUGUUACGACGCUGCUUUACAAACCCAUUUAGACCCGAAGACUCUGCCGUAAUCGCUUGAAUCGAAUCGAAUGUGUGCAAUGCCAAAAUCACUGCGCGUUAUUUGGGUCCAACAGGAGCGGUUCUCUGCAACAAGUGGUCCAUUUUGAUUAUCUUUGUAUAUGUAUAUAUGACCAAAUAUAUAUAGUUUUAGCUCUGUCUGUUAUUUUGUAACAUCUUUACACUGAUAAUAAACAAAAAUGUACCAAA